AGGCAUGUUUUCUUGAGUUCUCCAACAAGUGCAUAGUUCCCGAAUGAAUACAGCUCAUAUAAAAAGGGAAGUAAUUGAGACUCAAAGGAAGUUCAGACAUUAAAUUUAAGAAGGAGAGGGUGAGGGACCCAAGCCUGAAAAAUGAAAAUGCUACAAAACCAUCCACGACAAAUGUGAAACCAAAUUCCCCUCCUUAUAUUCUCAGCGUGGCCAGCUAGCGCAUCCUGCCACUCUCUUUUCUCUUUCUCCAAGCUUCUUUUUUUUAUUAGCCCCCAAAGCCAGAAACUCCAAUUAUAAGCCACCACCACCACCCCAUUCAUCUCCUUCUGGAUAAAAAGAAAACAUGAAAUCAAAGGCAAGAAGACCAAAAUCAAAACCACUCAUAUUGUUUCUCAUUCUGUCCCUCUUCAUACUUGCAGCUUCAACAUCGUCCUCCAACGAGGCGAAAGCAAAGAGUAACAAUAUUAGCCGCCAAUUCAAAGAAGCCCCCGAAUUCUACAACUCCCCGAAGUGCGGGUGGAUGAGCGAGAGUUUGAUAUGUUCGGAGGAGGCAGUACAGGUGGCAAUGACGCUGGACACGACCUACAUCCGAGGAUCGAUGGCGGCGAUCCUUUCGGUCCUCCAACACUCGUCAUGCCCGCAAAACAUAUUCUUCCACUUGGUGUGCUCCUCCAGCGCGUCCCUCCUACGCGCCGCAAUCUCAAACACAUUCCCGUACCUUAAAUUCAACCUCUACACGUUCGACGAAUCCCAGGUGUCGGGCCUGAUCUCCACCUCCAUCCGCUCCGCACUGGAUUGCCCCCUCAACUACGCCCGCUCCUACUUAGCCAACCUCCUCCCGCUGUGCGUGCGACGCGUCGUUUACUUGGACUCCGACCUCAUCCUCGUAGACGACAUUGCCAAGCUGGCACAAACGCCCUUGGGGGAAAACGUGGUCCUGGCCGCACCCGAAUACUGCAACGCCAACUUCACCUCCUACUUCACCCCAACCUUCUGGUCCAACCCUUCGCUCUCGCUUACGUUCGCCGAUAGGAGGCCCUGCUACUUCAACACGGGGGUCAUGGUCAUCGAUCUCCAGCGCUGGCGCCACGGGGAUUACACCACCAAGAUCGAGGACUGGAUGGAGCUCCAGAAACGGAUCAGAAUCUACCAUUUGGGCUCUCUUCCCCCCUUUCUCCUUGUCUUCGCCGGGAACAUUGCUUCCGUCGAUCACCGCUGGAACCAGCAUGGCCUCGGCGGGGAUAACUUUCGUGGCCUUUGCAGAGAUCUCCAUCCUGGGCCUGUUAGCCUUUUGCAUUGGAGCGGCAAAGGUAAGCCCUGGGCUCGAUUGGACUCCAACAGGCCUUGCCCUUUGGAUGCGCUUUGGGCUCCCUAUGAUCUUUUCCAAACUCCCUUCUCCUUCGAUUCUUGAUUCCCAUCCAUCUAUACAUAUAUACUCACAUUUAUAAUAAUAUAGAGUUAUAUAUACAUAUCAUAUCAUACAAAUAAAAUAACUGUGAAUAUAAACACCUCCAUAUUUUGAUGGAUGCGUCAAUUCAUCUACAUCUACUUUUCAUUUCAACUUAAUAAAGUUCUGCAUACAGUAUACACCAUUCAUCAUUCUUCUCCCCCCUUCGGAUCCUCUGCUUUACUUUUUUAUUUCUCUACUGCACUACGGUAAUAAUUAUUCGAGGUUAGUUUGGUUUUCGUAGAUAUCAUCAAUCAUGGGUUCAUGCACGUGGAGCCUUACUUUAAUCUUGUUCGAUUUCACACGGCCGUCAAAAUAAUAUGAAUCCAUCGGAAGAUUAAAACUUCAGAUGAAGUAUUUCUAUAACACGUAAAAAAAACGUUUAAUUAGUUUCGAUUCAAUGUGGGUAGUGGGUACGAAGGUAUUUAUUUAUAAGAGGAUCAAACUUUUUUCA